AUGGUGCCGGCUGCUACUUCGACCACCGUUUCCUCCAGCUCGGGGAGCUUGGAAACGUAUGCUGGUCCCGGUGACAAUGUUGGCUGGCCGGCUGCGGCAUUAUUUGAAUCCAUUUGGGUCUCGAUUAUUAACGUGAGAUGCUCCAAGAUGUCUUCAAUUACUACCACAUUCGGGUUUGCUAAGACCCGUGGUACCCUGGGCAGUUUGAUUAGCUCAGCCCCAAAACGUUCUCUACCCGUCAUGUAG